UUCCUAGUCCGAGAUGAGUACGAAGAGCUUGACAAGUUUAUCACGGAAGGCGGAGACAAUCACAUUAUACUUACCGGCCAACCAGGCAUAGGCAAAACCGUCUAUCUGACGUAUUGCCUUUUGUGCCGCCUCAUGAGGAAAGAACGGACCAUUUUCAUGUUGGAUACUUUCAGGCGUUACUUGUUCCGGGACAAGGGCGCCUACAGGCUUCCAGGAGACUUGUACAUCACCAACGAUCGCGAGAUUUUACAAGAAUCUUCGACGACGCUUGUCCUAUAUGACUGUAACAGCAAGCAGGAGAAAGCGACGGAUGUUUUUCAAGGGAUAAAAACGCUAAUCUCAACAUCGCCUGAGCUGUCACGAUACGAUCGAUUUGAUAAAGAGUCUUAUACAUUAACGUUUAACAUGCAAACAUGGUCAUGGUCAGAGGUUUAUUUAUCUUGGUAA